AUGGCCGACUUUGAGAUGGAAAGGCUCAUGUCAGCGUGUCGCAGCUUUCACGACCUGCAAAUGACGAUUCCUAUCAUGUCGAUAUACGAAGGACGCGAGACGAAGUUCCGCGAAAGUCUGUUGGGCUCUAUGAGGCGUAAGAACAACCAGAACACUUUGUUAAUCACACGACCCAUGGUCGAGGUGAAAGCAGUGAGGGAAACCCUGUUCCAAGUCGACAAAACGCACACCGAGCUGUGCAAUGUGGAGGAUACGGACCCCGUGUAUCCUCGACUGACACAGUUCUUCUCAAGCUUCGCCCAAAAUGCCCCGAGCAAUGUCAAAUACACGUUUCGUCAAGUCCCACAGGAGGAGAUGGAGCAGAUGAACCUAAGAGGCAGAAACAGCACCAGUUCCUUCGGCGACACUUCUUUCUCCACUCCUCAGACAACGACAUAUACUCCUGAAUCGAGAUCGAGCGAAUUUGCUGAGCAAUCAGACGGCGGCGCACUUCUGAGGGAAGACAGCAGUAGUGUAGCGGGGCCUCAAAGCGUGCAGAUGCCCUUCGCUCAUUUCGCAUCUAUUUCGAGAAAUCCAAAAUUCUAUGGUCGACACGAUAUCUUGGAUGAAAUAGACUACGCGUUUGGAAUGAAGACUCGGCCUGAACCUGACCCAACUGACCAACAUCCCUCGAGCCCUAUAGGUGCCGAAGGGUUGAAUAUUCCGAAGACAUUCGUUUUGUGUGGCAUGGCAGGAAUAGGAAAGACCGAGACCGCCAUCGAGUAUGCGUACUCACGGCGUGACAAGUUUGAUGCAAUAAUUUGGAUCUAUGCUGACACGAGCCGAAAGUUGGGUUCUCAAUUCGUCACUCUCGCCAAGAAGCUGGGAGGCCAAUCUAUCUCGGAGGCGUUGGAUGAAAUCUCAGCUCGAGACGUCGUCAAGUCUUGGUUGACAAGUCCCGUCGGUCAUCGCAUCCAAGGGGGCAGAUCUCAGAGAGUGGAUGUUACAUGGCUCAUGGUGUUUGACAACGCAGAUGAUCCAGAUGUUUUGUACGACUGGCUUCCCGAUCAAGGGCCUGGCUGCAUCCUUGUCACUGGAAAAUAUCCUUACGUGAAGGAGCACUCACCUCGGCUCGAAUGGGGACUAGAUCUUGAACCUUUCACAACGCAUUCUGCCAGCGAAAUGCUUCGGAAAUUGUCAGGUCGCCAGCAGGAUCCGGAUGCUUGGGCUGCCAGCAAACGCAUUGUUCAAACUUUAGGCGGGCACCCCUUGGCGAUUUCACAAAUGAGCGCUAUCAUUCUUCAGAGACACCUUAGUCUCAACGACUUCGAAGAAUGGUACGAAGAAGAUUCGAAACACCUUCGCGAUAUGCGGGUGAAGGGUCCACAGUCGACUUACAAACACACUGUUGGAACUGCUUGGGCUGUUGAACAGCUCAGUGAUCCUGCAAUCGCUCUUCUCAACGUCCUCUCAGUACUCGAUCCCGAUCUCAUACCCGAAGAUAUGCUUUUGGAUGGAGCGAAAAAUGUCACACUGCCCAAUUAUCCGGUCAAAAAACGUCACUACUUUGACGCCCGAGCUGAGCUGAUUCACACAUCGUUGGUAUCCCGAAAUCUGGCAUCAAAUGAGAUACGUCUUCAUCGGCUCGUACAGGAUGUAGUAAGGGAAAACAUGGAUGACGAACUCCUUCACUCGGUUUAUGGCGCCGUGGCUGUCCUCUUGUCCGCUGUAUGGCCUUUCGUAUCUGGAACAGAUCCCACACGAAACCAAGCAUGGAGGGUCCCAAUCGCUGACCGGUACACGCCACAUAUUUGCAAGUUGGAAGAACACUUUGGUGAAAGCAUCAAGGAAGGCAGCUUCAACGGGACGGAGAUCAGCGGAUUCGUCUUCAGCAGCUACGCAUGGUAUAUCUCAGAACGUGGACUACCAGACCAGUCCGAACGCUUUGCGUCCAUGUCGCAAACAAUUCUCGAGAAGGCCAUCAAACGAGGCGCAGAUGAUGAGGAACGAGUCAGCCAUUGGCUUGGUGAAGCACAUCACAGUCAGUCCCUCUCAGCAUGCUUGACAAAUUCAUCCGACGGUAUGAAGGACGUCACAAUGUGGAUUGAUAUCCUUCACGAUCGUAUCAAACGUUACGGUCUCGAUUCAGAUAAGCUGGCCUUGGCCACUGCCUACAAUCAGAUGGGCAUUUGCCUGAUCACAUUACACAAGGUUGAGGAAGCGAAGAGCAGCUGGAGACAGAGCAUCGCGGCUUAUAAAUCCGUCAGUGAUGCGCCUGCAUUUAGUGGAACAUUUCCGUCAAUUUCUCUCUCCUUGAUGUGUGCGCUCCAGGGCGAGGACGACGAGGCAGAACAAGUCCUGAGGCCUAUGCUUGAGGAGCACGAGCGAAUAUUAGGGAAAGAUGACACUUCCACGACAGGAUCUGGCCACAUCUGGCGUGCGAUGGGGAAUAUUCGCAACGUGCAGGGGCGGUAUGAUGAGGCCCUGGAAUACCACGAACGUGCAGUCCGCAAUAUCAGCAUAACUCUCGGUGAAAAGCACUACUUCACUGGAGACUGUCUAUAUAGCCUAGCCACAGAUCUUUUGCGUCAAGGGAAGAACGAACGAGGCUUGAGCACGCUAGACGACGCCAUCAAAGCCUUCAAAGCUGCUCCACACAGAGAGGCUCAAGCUGCGCGUGCGUUAUGGAAGAAGGGUUGCAUAUUGAAGGCUUCAGGGAAAGCCUCGGAAUGCGCUCAGCUUUUCCAGGAAGCGAUGAGACUGAGACAUGCGGUGGUUCACGACGACCAUCGUGCCGUGGAGGAUCUGGAGGAUGAAGACUGGACGAAGCCCAUCAUGUACUGGUCUCGUUGA